AUGGUCUUCGCCGUGCGCUGCACGCCGCGCGUGGACCCCUACCUGGUCCAGCAGUUCAUGGUCGCCCUCGACAGCGCCCUCAUCCGCGUGAGCAACAGCGCCCACAUGCUCGAGCGCGGCGAGCUCGAGGCCCACGUGCCCGACGUGGGCCACGGGUCCCUCAUGGCGAAGCUGCCCCAGCGCGGGGGCGCCCAGGUGCCGCGGCAGCACUUCGUGUCCGUCGUCGGCACGGAGCUCGAGGAUUUGGACACGGAGCACUGCGUGCUCAAGUGCGGCGAGCUGCUCCAGAUGGUCAUGAACGUCGAGGGCGACCGGGCCGAGGCGGCCUGCCGCGAGCGGCUCAACGCCCAGCGGGCCGAGCACGACAUGUUCUGCCUCGACCUGAGGGCGCGCUUCGACGUCCAAAAGGCCGAGCUCGCGCGCGUCAACGACGACCUGCGCAAGGAGAUCGCGCGCCUCAAUUUGGAGCUCGAGGACGCCGCGCGGACCGCCGCCGAGGCGCACGCGAAGAUCGUCGAGGCCAACGAGAAGGCGGAGGACUACCGCCGGAAGUGGGUCGAGGCGCAGGACGACAAGUUCAACAAGGAGCGCGCGGCGCUCGAGCGCGAGAACUACGCGACGCGGCUGCUGGCCCAGCGCCGCGAGAUCGACGAGCUCGAGCGCGUCGCCAAGGGCCACGCGGAAGAGAAGCAGCUGCUGGAGAACGAGAUCCAGCACCUCAACGAGCGCAUCCGCCUCAUCAAGCUCAAGAAGAACACGUCCUUCGUCGCCAUGUGCGCGUCGGACGUCUUCUGCGGCCAGUUCGACGACGAUGGCGACCUGCUGGACAAGCACGGCCUCGCGCCCGAGGAGUACGACCCGAAGCUCCGCGGCGUGAAAAACGGCGACGGCUACGACCAGUCCGAGCUCAACGGCGUGUCCGAGUUCGUGAACCGGGCCAUCGACGGCGGCUUCCAGGAGGAACUGAUGCCCAAGGCCAUGCGCAAGCCCAAGGAGGCGUCGAUGACGGACCCCGCGCCCGCGCCGCCGCGCGACGCGCCCGCGUCCUCGGGCCGCGAGGCGCCGCUCGGCCGCGUGGACGAGAACUUCCCGCCGGAGCCGGCGGGGCCGUCGGCGUCGGCGUUCCUCGAGGAGAUGCUCCCGCCGCCCGUGGAGCCCCUGCGCCCGGGCCCGACGAAGCACGAGCAGAGCGCGCGCGGCCGCCUCUUCGGCGGCGUCUCCGACGACGACAACUCCACCGUGACGACGCAGUAG